AUGAGAGUAGUCGUUGGGAUCAUCAGCUCGCUGGCGUGUUGCUGCUGCCUAGCGCUGGCCAGCCCGACGAGGGAAUCCAACGCUGAGAAGUUCGAGGGGAAGCUCGUAUCCCUCGUUGAUGAGCUCAAUCAAAAAGAGACCAUUGGUCUCUACGGCAACGUGGUAACAUUAGAAAGGUCUGCGGUCCCUAGGGGUGGUGAGGUUGAUCAGAGCGAGGUGGACCCAUUGGUCAGGAGAAUCGAUGAAUUUUUGAGGAGCCGUAGACUACAGAUAAGAUUUCCGAGCGAUGGUUCGUCAGCCGAUUACUUUGGGAGAGCUUUGGGUCAGAAGGAUGUUAACUUCGAGCUCAGAGGCUUGGUACAUGGCGCAUCAGAAGCCCGAACAAAGAUAAAGCGCAUUCUCCUGCCGGUACUGCUGGCUCUCAAGCUCAAAGCUAUCAUCGUACUACCAAUCAUCAUCACCAUGAUCGGUCUGAUCGGCAUCAAGGGUCUGGGUGCGGGUGUCCUGGCCCUUCUGCUCUCCGGCGCAGUUGCCCUCAAGGCUCUGCUGACGCCGCCAGUUUCGUACUCCGCUCCAGCUCGUGUUAGCUUCGCCAAGCCCUACGAGAUUCAUCACGAUCAUUGGCACCGAUCUCAGGAGGAACAACUCGUGAACCAGCCCUACCGUGCCUGGAGUCCUGAGUUCAGCAUCGAUCCUCAGUUCGUUCCUUACCAGGAUAUUCCCUGA